GACUCUGCGUGACCCAGGGGUGCUUAUAUAACUCAAUGUGGGUGUCUGGGUGUAAAUACGUGUUUAUGAUUUUUAUAAUAUAUAUGUCUGUGGGUUGCAUCUAACUCCUGUGUGUGUAAUAAUGUUUUUCCCUCUGCUGAGGCUUACUUCUCCAGCCUAUUGUUUGAGACAACAGAUAUAAGUUGCGAUGGGAGAGGAGCGUCGGAUUUGGUGUGUAUCCCCCAUUUCCAAUUAUAGAUGGAUCAUUACAGACAGCGGAGUCCUGAGAAGCCAGACAUCUGCUCCUCACAUGAAUGCACUCACCUCCUAGAGACCAGGCUGCCAUCAUGCUCUGGAAGCUCGUGGAGAAUGUCAAGUACGAGGAUAUCUAUGAGAUGUUAGUCCACACCUAUUCAUCCAUGGACCGGCACGAUGGCGUCCCGAGCCACAGUUCCAGGCUCUCACAGCUGGGCUCGGUGUCUCAAGGACCUUACUCCAGCGCCCCGCCGCUGUCCCACACCCCGUCGUCAGACUUCCAGCCGCCCUACUUCCCGCCUCCCUACCAGCCGCUCCCCUACCACCAGAGCCAGGACCCCUACUCCCACGUCAACGACCCCUACUCCCUGAACCCACUGCACCAGCCCCAGCAGCAUCCCUGGGGGCAACGGCAGCGGCAAGAAGUGGGUUCAGAAGCCGGCUCUCUCCUGCCCCAGCCUCGGGCCGCCUUGCCCCAGCUCUCGGGCCUCGACCCCCGGAGGGACUACCACUCGGUCCGCCGGCCAGACGUGCUGCUGCAUUCGGCGCACCACGGCCUGGACGCGGGCAUGGGUGACAGCCUCUCGCUGCACGGCCUCGGCCAUCCCGGAAUGGAAGACGUCCAGUCAGUUGAAGAUGCCAAUAACAGCGGCAUGAAUCUAUUGGACCAGUCUGUCAUUAAAAAAGUUCCGGUUCCUCCCAAAUCUGUGACUUCUCUGAUGAUGAAUAAAGAUGGCUUCCUGGGAGGCAUGUCCGUCAACACCGGCGAGGUAUUUUGCUCGGUCCCGGGCCGUUUGUCUCUGCUCAGUUCAACUUCAAAGUACAAAGUAACUGUGGGAGAAGUUCAGAGACGGCUUUCGCCCCCCGAAUGCCUCAAUGCGUCUCUCCUCGGCGGCGUCCUCAGAAGAGCCAAAUCGAAAAAUGGGGGGAGAUCUUUGCGAGAAAGGCUAGAAAAAAUCGGUUUGAAUUUACCCGCGGGCAGGCGCAAAGCAGCAAAUGUCACGUUACUCACCUCCCUGGUGGAAGGAGAAGCUGUUCACUUAGCUCGGGAUUUUGGGUAUAUUUGCGAAACAGAGUUUCCUGCUAAAGCUGUUUCUGAGUAUUUGAACCGGCAGCACACAGACCCCAGUGACCUGCACUCCCGAAAGAAUAUGCUGCUCGCUACAAAGCAACUUUGUAAAGAAUUUACGGAUCUGCUGGCGCAGGACCGGACGCCAAUCGGGAACAGCAGACCUAGCCCUAUCCUGGAGCCGGGGAUCCAGAGCUGCCUCACGCACUUCAGCCUCAUCACGCACGGCUUCGGAGCCCCGGCCAUUUGCGCCGCACUCACGGCCCUGCAGAACUAUCUCACCGAGGCGCUCAAAGGCAUGGACAAGAUGUUCUUGAACAACACCACCACUAACAGGCACACGUCUGGGGAAGGCCCAGGUAGUAAAACUGGCGACAAGGAGGAGAAACACAGGAAAUGAAAAAUUAAAAAAAAAAAAAAAAAAAAAAAAGAAAGAAAGAAAGAAAGAAAAAUGUUUUAAAUACAAAAGGAAAACAGAAAAAAAUUUAAUUUUAGCUUUAAAAUGUUGGAUUGGCUUUGGAAGAAUUAAUUAUAUUAGGUAGAAUACACAUACAAUCAAAUUUUAAAAAAAGAGCUAAAUAACUUUAAAAAAAAAAAAAACUGAGGCUUACAACGGAGCAACAAUAUCGGUUCUCAGUGUCUAUUUCAAGAUACACUUGGAGACAAACGUCCGGAUUUUCCACUUCGGUUCUUUCGAGCUUAGUAGUACUGAUAAUAAAAGAAAACCAUGAUUUUCCCCCUUUGGAAAAAUAAACAUAAGACUAAACAUGAGAAAACGCUAACUUAUUGGAAGAAAAUCGGAGAAACAUUGUUGGUGUCAGUGCUUUGAGAGUUGGUUGACUGAGACGCACGAACUUUUUAAUUUUUAAUAUUUUUUUAGGAAACUCUCGCAGUCCCCGCCCUUCCCCCUCACCUCACCCCUCUCCCAACCACCCUUUUCUAUGUUGCCCUCCCUCCCUCAAGCUGUCACGGGAAUUUUCCGGGAUGAACAUGAGUGUGGUUAGCCCCUUUGCGUUUGCCCCUCGGUUACCCCCGCCCCGCCCUGCGCCCUGCGUUGUUAACUCACCGGUGCCCAGCUCCCGUUGGCACCCUUCGGGGAGGGCGAGGGCGGGCGGGGCGGGAGGCCCGCCGUGGUGCCGGCGGUGGCUGCCGCUUGUGCGGGCCCGCCGAGCAGAGAGGCUCCUGCGGCUGAGGAAAAUCCGGAUCAAUAAGUUGAUUCAGACUCAUCAUCAGUUCCUUUCAGAAAUGUUACUAAUUCCCAGCCUUGCCAGCACCUGCAUACAGAGAAUCUUGCAUUUGUUAUGUUUGUGUCAUCUACCAAUUUUAAGAACAAUAGUAAAAAAAAAAAAAAAAAGCACAAUAUGAAUACGUUGAUUAGUAUGUAAUUCCUUCGGAGGGGUAUGUACCAUUUCAUUCUCUUCUGUUUUCCAAAGCUUUGCCCGCAUGGUUUAUGAGCUUCUUCAAAGAGGACUUGGGCUUCCUACACAAUCUAUAAGGUACAGAGAAAAAAAAAAAUCCGAUCCUUUUUUAAUCAAAGCCUGUGUGUCAGAAUUCUGCAGGUGCACUUCUUUAAAGAAGCUCAAAGGGAAUAAUUUAGAAAGUGGCCAAUAAGAAAUUGAAGCAGCUUUGAGUCUAGUUGCUAACAGAUACCUCAACACGGAAUUCCAGGGGAGGGGGGAGCUGAAAAUGAAUUUUAGGGGAGAAAAGUAAGGAUUCGUGGAGUCCAAUAUUUUAGCAAUAUUGCCCUGCCUUUGAAAUAGAUUCCAUUUCCUUGGGCUCUUUGGUGAUUGCUGUUUUAGCGGGUAAGGAAGCAGCUUUUCGAGUGGUCCUGGGCAAGAGGGUGGUGCAAGCUUCGUGUUUCAGCAACAAUUGUUUUCUACAAGAUGCUUUCUGAAUGAGGCAUCACCGCCCCCCCAAGACGUGCACUCGUUUUGGCAUAUGAUGGCAAAAUAAUGAAUGCAAAGUGAAAGGAGAUGUAUUUCAGCUUUGAAUUUUACCUUCUGUAUACCCUGGGACUAUUCCCAGUGGAUAAAGUUUCAUGCAUUUACUGUGUCUCAUUCUGGCAGCCCAGCUCCUUUCUUGGGCUUCAUCUGGGCAUUAUCGUGAAAAUAAAUCUGGAACCUAUUGUCUCCACUCUCCCAAAAGCAAUGGGGAAAUCCACCCCCAGUAGUCUAAAUUUAGUGUUGAUACACGCACCUCUUUAUACAAAGUAGACCUUAGGACCUUUGCAACAUCCCUGGAAGUUAAAGAUCCAGAUGUCUGUUCUUCAGGAUUCACAGAAUCCUCUGGGACUCUCAGUUCUGCCGCCCCAAAGGGCUUUGGCCUUGGGGGGGGGGGUAGGUUGGAGGAUUGGGCUUUAGGCACCUGCUGAGAGCUUUGCGCUGACACUUUCAUGGGGAAGGGAGUUAGGGAGCAGGUUUUAGGUCACCUGGAAGGUCCAAGCAACGGUUACUGUCACUCCCCAGCCCAACUACCGCUAGCUCCUUUGGGGACCUCUGGGUGUGCAGGGCUCAGCCCCAGACCGGUGAAAUACAAAGGCCGGGAACUAACCCCUAUGGAGGGUGUAGACACUCCAUCUCUCCCCAGCUCAGAAGCCUGCGCCUUUGUCCGAGGGCCUGGCCGCUUGCAUUAUAUGUAUUCUGGUUGCAAAAGGCCAGGAGAAACCACACUGAAAACCAUCGUCUCCUUUCCUUGCAGGGCAACGCGCCCCACGCGUGUGACGUUCGAGAGACGCGAUGGACGCGCCUUGCUCUUACUGUGCAGGUCCUGAGAGCGUGUGGGCCACUGACGCCCAGUCGUGUUGAGGACAUAGAAUCAGCCGCUGGAGGGGCCGCGGGCCGCGCGGGCCCUUUUCGCUCUCGGUCUCACCCUAAGGGCUAAGGCGACCGAGAAAGCCCCAUUCUCCAGUAGGUAAUGGGGCGGCGCCACGCGGGCAGCAGGCGGGGAGGGGUCUCAGCGCUGCCUUUGCCCUUUGCUACCAGCGGCCGCUCCGGGCACUUGCUCCCCGGAGGCAAGUGGCCUAGAAAUGUCCAGGGAAUCGGAAGCUUCCCCCGCCUUUGCCAGGAUGAAAACUCUCCCCCUCCUCACGCUCCUAAAGGCGGGUGAUGGGAUAGGAAUUGUGCUAUUUGGCUAUGCAGGCCCCCUUCAACUCCCUUCACCCUCAUUUGUGUGUUCCUCCGUGCCCCCGCUAACUAGAGCCCCUUGCGCGCCUCCCCUGCCCCCCUCCCCGCGUGGAGAGAGCUCACUGCCCCCUCUCCCUCCCUCCCUUCUCCUUUUUAGGUACGACCCCCACCCCUUUGCUUUCGUUAGCCAGGCCCGCUACGUUUAUCUGAUAAUUGAGUUAUUAAAAGAUUUGGUUUCCUUGGGCCCAUAAAUCAAUAAACAGUAGGAUUAACGCAAGAGUUUGCCUUUUAAGUCAAGGGAAACGUUUAAAACAAGCUCUUCUGAGCUUUGUUUUCAAACCAAACAGGUGAGUUGCAGCUCUUCCUCCACCCCUGCACUCUUUAGACAGCCGCGUGCCCCCCUCCCAAACGCUCAGUCCCAAACCAACAUAGCUAAAGAUAGAAAAAAGGAGUCAGGAUGUGGCAGCGUUGCCUUCACACUUUCCACUCUGCAAGUUCCUUUGGAGGUUCCAGAGGUCGCCUGACCAUUCUCUGUCCGACCCGGCCUCCCCUUACAGGUAUUAUGGGUCUCGGGA